GAGAGAGCAACCUUGCUGCUACAGGAAAACUGAAAAUGUUUUACAAGAAGGUUGUCUUCUGAAUUUUGUGUCUGAAGGUACCCUCUUGCUUUCUCAGCAAAUCAUGGACAUCGUUGGCUUUCUGAAGUCGCAAUUCAUUUGCCACCUUCUGAUCUGCUACAUAUUUAUAGUGUCAGGACUGAUCAUUAACUUCAUUCAACUCUUUACACUUAUACUUUGGCCAAUCAACAAGCAACUGUUCAGGAAGAUCAACUGCAGGCUGGCUUACUGCAUUUCAAGCCAGAUGGUGAUGUUGCUGGAAUGGUGGUCAGGCACCGACUGCACCCUUUACACUGACCCAGAGAAUUACCACAAAUACGGGAAGGAGAAUGCCAUCGUAAUCCUUAAUCACAACUUUGAAAUUGACUUUCUCUGUGGCUGGAACUUUUGUGAGAGAUUUGGGGUCUUAGGGAGUUCCAAAGUGCUUGCAAAGAAGGAGCUCUCCUACAUGCCCAUCAUUGGCUGGAUGUGGUAUUUCCUAGAGAUUGUCUUCUGCAAGCGCAAGUGGGAGGAAGAUCGGAAAACAGUCGUACAGAAGUUGCUCAAUCUCAGGGACUACCCUGAAAACUUCUGGUUCCUGAUUCAUUGUGAGGGCACAAGGUUCACAGAACAGAAGCACCAGAUCAGCAUGCAGGUAGCUGAAGCCAAAGGUCUGCCCAAGCUCAAGUACCACCUCCUGCCACGAACAAAAGGAUUUGCUGUCACCGUGCAGUGUUUGAGAAAUGUAGUUUCUGCAGUCUAUGAUUCUACCCUUAAUUUUAGAAAUAAUGAAAAUCCAACAUUGCUGGGAGUUCUAAAUGGAAAGAAGUAUCAUGCAGAUUUAUAUGUAAGGCGGAUUCCACUAGAGGAUGUCCCAAAAGAUGAGCAGGAAUGUUCUACCUGGCUCCACAAACUAUAUCAAGAAAAGGAUGCAUUCCAGGAGGAAUAUUACCGCACAGGAACCUACCCAGCCGUCCCUAUAGUACCACCCCGUCGACCAUGGACACUUUUGAACUGGCUUUUCUGGGCCUUAUUGCUGCUAUAUCCUUUGUUCAAGCUGCUCAUCAACAUGAUCAACAGUGGAUCAUCACUGACACUGGCUAGUUUUGCAUUUGUCAUUAUAAUAGCUUCUGUUGGUGUCAGAUGGAUGAUCGGGGUUACAGAAAUUAACAAGGGCUCCACCUAUGGCAACAAUGACAACAAGCAACAAAAAGGCAACAAGAAACAAAAGUAGCACCUUCAGAGACUGCUUCAAUCCAAAGGGAACAAAUGCAACUGCUGAAAACUCUUAAGUGCGUAUCAUGGUCUUUCAAGUGAGAUCAGAGGAUGAGUAAUUGCCAGGCAUAUCUGAAUUUGUGCUCCUGUUGUUUUUCUCUGGGAUUUGGGCUGGAUGACGUGCUGGAAAGAUGCACUCCUUCAUAUACUCUCAACAACAGGUUUGCACAUGUGUGGUUGGUUUGUUUUCCUAUGAAGUGUCUUAAGUUUCUGAAGAAAAAAAAUUCCAGCGUGCUUGUGUGAAGAGACUCUACUGGAAACUAACCAGAGGUGCAGGGUUUAAUGUCAGAAGACUGGUACAAGAUGAUUAAACUUGAUAGUUGUGUAGAUCACACAGUUUAACAACCAUAAUCUGUCAGUGUUUAAAUACAGCACAGCAGGAUGCUGUGCUUGGUUAUAGCAGUAUUGGACUGAAGUAGCUCUGCUGAACUGGCAGAACUACUGUAGAGUUUUUGUACAUCUAGAACUUAUUCACACCGUGUGCACUACAUGGCCCUUCAAAACUUCAGCCAGACCCCCUGGAGCUGGCAGCAGCAUAACCUGGAUCAGAAUUUGGCCCUGUGGCCUGAGCAGAGCUAAGUUACCCACUGCCCUCUCCUUCCCCAGGCCAUACAUCCGAGGGAUAGCUCAAACCUGCAGUUCUUCAGAGUAAAUGUCACUUUUAGUUUGGAAAAACGGAGGUAGUAAAAUUCCUUUUGGCUUUAAAUGCUACUUAAAAUUCCAUGCCCUUCUAACAGUUGUGGAAAGAAAAUAACUGGGCAUGGUGUAGUGAAAUAAUGCAAAGUGUGCAUUAAAAUGUAUGCCCCACACCCAUACUGUUGUGAUCCUAAUUAAUCUGCUUGUCUGCCUUUUCUGAUAAAUUAGUUUACUUGGUGCCUCAUUACAGUCAGCCUGAAGUAAUAGUAAAUUAUUUUCUUCUGGAGAGGAGGGAGAACUAGGAGAGAGACCUAGGACAGUGGGUAUGGCUGAUAUUUUUAUAUCUGUCUUGAUUUCACACUCUUCUGAAUUAAAUAAAACUAGACUUAAGCUCUGAGGAAAGUGGGUUGCUCUGAUAUCCCUGGUACUGAUUUCAGGACAGCCGCCUCCUGUUUUUAAACUUCCAGAGUUAAGGAUCUGCAAGUUACUAGAAAUAACUUGUUUAAAGUAGGGGAAAAAAAAAGGAAAGGGGGGAACAUUACCUAACAGCAAGUAUGAUUGGAAAAAAAAUCCCAAUUUUUUACAGUACAGAUCCUAACCACUGAGCAGUGGAGGUUGUGAUUGACACUUUCAAAGACAGUCCAUUUUCACUCAGCACAGGACUAAACCAUGGUAGUCUCUAGUGAAGAAAGUGAGUAGUCUUACUCUAGCAGCUGGUAUAAAAACAUUACUCUUUUCAUAUAAUAGAACUGAGACCAGAAGAAACUAAUACAACACUAUGAAUCAUUCCAUGAAA